AUGGCAUACAAUAGACCUGAUGCCGCCAUGGCAUUCUUCGAUGAGGACCGCUUCGUCCCUCAACAGCCCAAAGGCCCCGAUCCAUUGUCCGCCAAUUGGAGCUAUGACAGCGCCAUUGAUCUCUUCUCGCUGAACACCAUGCUCCCGGAGACCUUCCCGAUGGAUGUCCCCAACGAUAUGCUUCUCGAUCCAAAGGAUUUCCCCGUGGAUCUCUUUGCGCCGCCCGCUGAUAUUAGCGGGUUUGCCAUCUCCCACUCUGGCGAGGACUCCGUCUCAUCGGAUCUCGAAAGUGAUGAUCAAUUGUGGUCUCCCGCCUACCGCGUCUCCUCUCUGGACUCGGCCCCAGAUGCUCAAGCCGUCUCUCCCCGCACGGUUGAGAAAUCCAACACCCGCCGCAGAACCACCACCGCCACCACCACUCAAAAACCUCGUGAGGUGCCUCGCUGGUCCUCCAGCCCGGAGAUCACGCCGCAGGAGUACUCUAUUCCCGCGCAGAUGAUCUCGCCCACACCAGCUCCCGCCCCCGCCUCCCCGGCUCCCUCUUCGCGCAAGAACUCGCGCAGCAUGUCCACCGACUCGCAGACCGCUUCGGGCCGCAACGCCGCCAAACGUGCCGCCCACAACAUCAUCGAGAAGCGGUACCGCACCAACAUGAACGCCAAGUUUGUGGCUCUCGAGAAGGCCAUGUCGGGCAGCGGGGUCCAGAAGCCCACUAAGAGCGGCUCGUCCGCCUCGUUGAAAAAGUCGGAGAUCCUGUCCAAUGCCAUCUCGUACAUGCAGGAGCUGCAGGACGAGAAUGCCGCGCUGCAGAAGGAGCUGGCGCUGCUGAAACAGAAUCUCCUCCCGGGCAGCUUGUGGCGUCAUACCAAGGAUGAGACGUUUCGGUCGUGA